AUGCCUCCUGCUUACUGCAGCUGCCGUAACUUUUGCAGCCACAGAGAGAAGCCCCGGCCCAGCUCCGGCCUCGGCCCAGCCCCAGGCCACUGCCCAGCCCCAGGCCCCUUGCUGGCCCCGUGGGCGGGGUCGCUCGUCAGGACCCCCCGCCGUGCGAUCCCUGUAAACAAGCUACGAAGUGGAAAUCCGUUCUUGUCUUGCCCAAAGGUUUUUGCCCUUGUGGUGGUCAUGCAGCUGGACCGUGUGGAUGCCUUGGACUGUGGGCCGGGAGAGUAUCCCGUGGGUGCUGAGUGCUGCCCGAUGUGUGCUGCUGGACUUCGGGUUUUCAAGCAUUGCACUGCAGAUUCCAGCACGACGUGCGUACCUUGUGUUGAGGAUACAUAUACAGAUCAUCCCAAUGGUUUAGAACACUGCAGGAAGUGUAAACUCUGUGAUAAAGGAGCCAACCUAGUGCCAGAAGUAGCGUGUACCUACACGAAGAACACUGUGUGUGGCUGCCUGCCGGGGUAUUUCUGCAGUCAUUUGGGGGCUGAAGACUGUGAACUUUGUCAACCCUACACUGUCUGCUUUCCUGGCACUAUGGUAAAAGAAAGGGGCACAAAGACCACUGACAAUGUGUGUGAAGCCUGUCCUCCUGGAACCUCCUCAACAACCAACAUGUCCUACAGCUGUACACCGUGGCCUGGACGUAAGGAGAACGGCCUGGUACAAGAAGAGGACGGGAAUACUUCCUCACAUUCCUCUGUUACAGCAGCUGUCGUUUCUAUUGUCGUGCUAAUUGUUGCAGCUGGCUUUAUACUAUUUAUCUGGCAAAGGAGGAAGAGGAAAAAUUACAUGCCACCGGUGCAGGAAUCAGGGAAUGGACAGCAGGGUCAGGCUUUGAUAGUAACCACGGAGAAUGGGGAUCAAACAACUGUUCCUGUGCAGGAAACCGGUGCCAGUCCUGAAGGAACCAGGCCUGAAUAGCCAUCUUGGUUUGAACUAUUGUAGACAAUGGAGAUGGUAUAAAAAACAAAACAAAAAAAACCACACACCAACCAGAAAAAAACAACCCUCAAAACACCCCAACCAAAGAAGUCCAACCUUUUUUCCAAAUAUUCAUGGACAAAAAAGACAGCUUGAAAACGAAAAGGAGGAUCUGCAGUGGAUUUAAAGAAAUAGCCAAGUGGUGCCCUCUGAAGCAUCGAAGUUUGGAACAGCUGAGUAAUCAAGGGAUUGGUCAGCACCGUCACAGGUUGUACAGCUCUGUCAUUUUACAUUCCCGCGCUGUGGAGCAGCUUGUGUGUGCUGUAGCAUGUCGUGCGCGCUGUGCUUCUUUCUUACUUAUGAACUUGGUAUAUAUGUAACAUAUGUUUGGUAGUGGGAAAAAAUGGCUUUCUCUUAUUUUAAAGAUUCCACAUAACGAAACCCUAACACAUUUUUUAAAUGCAUUUUGUAAAAAUUUUUCCUUUUUAGAACUAAGGAAAAUACUAUAGGUGAUGCACAGCAAGAAAUAUGUAGCUUUUAGUAACAUCACAAAUGACACACGCACAACUACUGUCCUUGCAAGUCACCUCUGCUGCUCUGAUCUGUGAUCAUGUGCUGCAACAAAGAAAGUUGGGGUACUGUGUCUAGAAAUAAAGUGCUUACUAAGGACAUUCUCUCUGUAAAACUUUCCUGUUACCUGAAGAGGUGAAAACACUGAGUGGCUUGGCUGUUGGAGUUAUCUUGAGGAAAAGUGUUACUCGUAAGAGCAUCAUGGUGGGCCCGUUUUUUUUGAGGAAGGAUUUGGUGAGGAUAGCAUCGCUUUAUCUGUCAUCUGAGCCUGAGGUGAAGAAUUGGAUAUAAAAUGCCAUACAGAAGAUGGGAAGAGGCAUGGAGAAGAUAUGUGAUGGGUGCAGAGGGACACCUGGGAGGAGGUACUGGGGCUGAUGGAAUGAGCCGAUACUGAGACGUACUGUGAAAGCAUCAGAGUGUGAGAAGCUUGUGUCACACGGGGUGCGGAGGGAACUGCUAGUGGCCCUGGAGAGGGGCUGACGUGGGAGAUGUCUUUGCAUUUCCAUUUUGAAUGUCUCUGAAGAAGAGCGGAGGAGUGGAAGGGAGAACAGCUCGCACUAAUUGGUACGGUUGCCUCUGUAUUUGCUGCGUUAAUGCAGUCCCUCUGAAUCCAUCUUCACCCGGGCCGUGGCUCUAGAGGCCACUGCUCCUUGACCAGCAAAUUCCCACUCCUCUUCCCCACAUGACUCUGGGGAAUGGCAGAAGAUGGGACAGGUUAUCUUUUUGCUUAGUCUAUCAUAUGAUGAUAGGCAACUUCUUUUUUUUUUUUUUUAUUUUAAACUAUAUUAGUUUGUUCAGCAGAACUAAUUCUGUAUUUUUUCUGCAAAAUAAGCUGGCAUUUCAGAAACUUAAAAU